UUUACUCCAAGUAUCGCCGUUGUGAAAAUACACAAGGAAGAAGAAACAAUCCCUACAUUUCUCUUAUCCAUUCUCUCUCUUCUUCUUCUUCUUUUCUGGAUUUACCCCUUCGCUGUCUCUAUCCGGUUCAGAAAUUCAACGCAAAUCAGGUUCUUCGAUCCUUUUUCGUAGUUCUGGAAAUCGAGAGAUCGAAUUUUUUGAAAGGAAGGGGAAAACUUGAACGAAGAGUAGUAUUAUGCGGCGAUUCGUGGACAACGCCCUCGCCGUUACCAAAGAGUCAGUAAAGACUUUUACGUAUGAGUCUUUGAACAAUAUUGCGAGGUUGAUAAAUGGAGUGUCGGCACUUUUAUUGGCCAUUCUUGUCGGAAAGGCAAAUAGUCUUGAUGGUGCUCAAGGAUGGGAGCUUAGGCCCACUUUUCAUGGACCUCGAUUUCCACGGUGGAUGAGAAGUCUUGGUGUUUCCUCAUUCAACCAGUUCAUCCAUGAGCUUUCUGUGGAUGAUACCUCAAGUGUAGAAUACUUGUCCACAGAAGAUGAGCCUGAUGAUGGAAUAUACCCUUUAUCACCAUCAUCUCAUGGGUCAAGAACCAGCAAAACAGACAUUCACAUCAACCACAAUUCGCACUGGACAGACUGGGUGGCAUACAUAUUUUCUUGGAUUUUAUUACCUGCUAGGGUUCUGCUGAGGAUAUCAUUGCUUCUUUUUGUUUUGUUAAAUAAUCAGGAAUCAAAGGCUUCUUCAGAUACGGGGAGCCCCUUUCCUAGGACAUUCCAUUCCUUUAGGAAAGGACACACUUCAAAGGACUAUGUUGUCCAGCGCACCAUUGACAGGAGACGUGGAGUCAUCGAGGAUCUUCAUCUAGCAAUUGAGAUCUUCAUAGAAGCUAUAUUUGACAUGUUUCACAAGGCUACAUAUUAUGUGUUCUCCCCAUCCACAGCUUUCAGAAUCUUUGGAAAAUGGUUCUCAUCUUCCUCUGCCGGUGAUAAGGAUAUUGACGAUGAUACCUUGAAUGCUUCAGUUUCCACUUCUACACUUGGAGCCAAUCAUCCAGCUCCUAGAGAAAGGAAUAUUACAAUUCACCAUGCUCUUAACACUGACGUGAGGACAUGUCGGGAUGUCAUAACAGAGCUGGGGUAUCCAUAUGAAGCUAUUCAUGUUAUUACUAAUGAUGGAUACGUUAUCCUUUUAGAAAGAAUACCAAGACGGAAUGCACGCAAGGCUGUCUUUUUACAGCAUGGUAUUAUGGAUUCAUCUAUGGGUUGGGUUUCCAAUGGCGUUGUUGGUUCUCCAGCUUUUGCAGCAUUUGACCAAGGCUAUGACGUAUUCCUUGGGAAUUUUCGUGGUUUAGUCUCUAGAGAGCAUGUGGAUAAAAAUAUCUCCUUAGGACAAUAUUGGCGAUUCUCCAUAAAUGAGCAUGGGACAGAGGAUGUUCCAGCUAUGAUAGAUAAGAUUCACAAAGUUAAGACUGCUGAAUUGAAACUUAGCCAACCCGAUGGAGAAAUAAAAGACGAGCAGCCAUACAAACUUUGUGCAAUCUCACAUAGCAUGGGUGGAGCUGCUAUGCUGAUGUAUGUUAUAAUUCGCCGGAUCGAAGAAAAACCUCACAGGCUCUCAAGAUUGAUUUUGCUUUCACCUGCAGGUUUUCAUGACGAGACUAGUUUUUUCUUAACAAUGGCGCAUUAUGUUUGUCUUCUUUUGGCCCCUAUCCUGGCGCUUUUCGUGCCUGCCUUGUAUAUACCUACCAGGUUCUUUAGAAUGCUGUUCAACAAGUUGGUCAGAGACUUCCAUAACUACCCUGCCGUUGGGGGACUGGUUCAAACUAUAUUGAGUUAUGGCUUCGGCGGAGAUAGCUCAAAUUGGGUUGGGGUGCUGGGAUUACCUCACUAUAACAUGAAUGACAUGCCGGGUCUGUCGUUUCGUGUGGUCCACCACCUCGCACAAAUAAAAAGAACGAAGAAAUUUAGAAUGUAUGAUUUCGGGAAUGCAGCAGUCAAUAUGGAGGUGUAUGGAUCGCCGGAACCAAUAGACUUGGGCGAGUAUUAUUCGCUGAUAGAUAUUCCAGUCGAUUUGCUGGCUGGGCGGAAGGACCAGAUAAUUAGUUCAUCGAUGGUUUCAAAGCACUAUAGGUUGAUGAAGGAUGUAGGUGUAAAUGUAUCAUACAACGAAUUCGAGUACGGGCACUUAGACUUCACAUUUGCCCACCAUGAAGAACUCUUGGCAUUCGUGAUGUCAAGCCUGCUCCUUAUGGUGGAGCCUGAUCUGAAGCGCCACUCUAGUCAAAGGAAGGCUCUAAAGUUGAGAAAAAGGGGACAGUCUAGCCCUGAAGUCUCCUCCGAAUGAUUGAUUGAGUACGUACAAAACCAUCCAUUUCCAUGUGUUUUUGCUUUUGGAUUCGGCAUGGUAUCUUGUUGUAUCGGAUGUUGGGACUUUGUUGUAUGUGAAU